AUGCUCCGAGGUGUUCAAAAUGCCACGAUGAUGGAGAGGUGCUCGACAGCUGUCGCCUUGAGACUUGACCAGACAGCAUACCACCACUCGAAGUCUGCAUACAAGGCAGAGUUCUCAGAAGUGAACGGAUCCCACAUUAUAAUGGUGAAACUGCGAAGGCUGCUGAGGUUGAGCACCGUGGAAGACCUUGAGUAUCUUAAGGUCUCCCGACACCUCUCAGAGUUCUUGCAAAGAUAUUACUUCGUCGAAAGUGGAGACAAUGACGUCAAGGUCCCACAAUUUGUCGAAAGACAAAGGACAGUAGUGUGGGUUAAAGACGACUUUGAUACGAUCGAGGAUGAGCGUUUCAAGCUCGGUAGAACCAUGGACGAAGGUUUGACCACGGUAGAUGAGCAAUGUGUAUCACAAGCGAUUUUCUGCAAAGGAUGGAAGAUGCUGAUAGAUGAAAGAGAUAUCUUCCGAAAGAAGGUCUUCCGAGUAAAUGGCAGAAACGUCCGGCAGGUGAACGAGCAUGCACGAAGAGUUGGAAUGUCGUCUUUUAGGUGGAGGUUGCUGUCAAGAUGCGGUUGUGGACAUGAAGGAAAAGCUGUAAACACGAGGCAAGUAAAAGCCGAUCAAGAACGUGAUGUGCAUCCACGGGUGUCCUUCAUAGCCCCUGGAAAAGUUAUUCUUGUUGUGAAACGCGGUGAAACCCCAUUCCUGCAGACAGGACGCGCCGCUUGCAGAUAG